GCAUUUGAGGGACAUGUCAGCUAAAGCCGGCGCACGCUAUGCAGAAGGGGCGUUAAGCGUGUGCCACGUGUAAGACGCGAAUUGGCGCGUCAGAAACACGCGUACAGCCAUUAAGACUGCCAUAUUUCCCUUUGCGUAACUGUUUCCUUUUCCAUUUUCACUUCUGCGUUUGCUUGAAACCUUCUGAAACUCUCUGAAGCGAGGCACUCCAAUCUUGAAGAACAGAACACCGAACCAACUUCACGUCAUUUUCAGGUAAAAUGGUUUCGUUGAGAGAAAUAUCAAAGCUACGAGGUAACCAGGGCAGAGAUGGAGAAGAGGAGGGGGUUUUAUCAGUGGAGCCUAUCACGAUGAUAGUGCCGCCUGAGUUGCAGGACUUGCCGGAAACAAUGGCGCCUGAGAGAAGCGCCAGUUCAAGCGCUAAGGACGACGGUGGCGAUCACCCCGCUGCAUCGCCCAGCAGCUCGUCCUCAGAAGAGACACCUAGCCAUGAGGAAGGGAUGGGGGAUGUGGUUAGCCAUGUCUCAGAUCGGCCCAUGAUUGGAGAGUGGGAAAGCAAGAUAAUCACGGGCAGGUUGGGCAACCUGCGAAAGGCGCCCAAGGACCUGCCCGCUGGAUUUAGGUUCCAGGCCACCCUUCAUCACGAAGUAGCAGAUUGUGCGCCCUCAAUUAGCGGGUACAGAAGAUUGGAGGAUAUGGUGAGGGCGUACCACAUUCCCCAGACAAUACUGUUACGAACAGGCGCACCAAAUGAGAGGGCUUGCACGGUGUCACAGACGGGCUGGAUUCCAGUGUAUGCGGACCAUUUUGACGCCGGCCUGCGGUUUCCCCUGCCCGGAUUGGUGUUCGACCUGCUGGCGGAUUAUGAGCUGGCGCUGACGCAGCUGACGCCCAACAGCAUAAGGUUCAUUAUUGGCUUUAUGCUAUUAUGUGCGCGAUUAGAGGUACCGGCCAAGGCGAUCGUGUUCAGGUCGCUGUUUCAAUGCCGGCUGUGUCCCAACUCCCGAGGGCAAAUUGGUACUACCUCUCCGGGAGAGACAAGAGCCAGUUGUUCAAGAAUGUCCGGAACAAAGUGGCGAGCUGCUGGACUAUGCGAGGAGGGAGAAUCUAAUAGAUUUAGAUGCCCUGGUUACCUUGGAGCAGCUCGCCGUGUUCGGGUUUGUCGACGUGGCAAACCUGUUCACAGAAGCACCUCACAAAGACAAACGCAGUUCGACGAGCGAUCGCCAGCUGCGCCUCAAUCGUGCAACUCGUCCCAUCGAGGGUCCAGCUCGGCAUCUAGGCCGCGGGCUGAACACAGAGCUGAGGCUGCAGCCCCAAGUGCACGUAGACGUGCACGUGAAGAGACGGAGAGCGAGGAAGAUGAAGUCCCCCUUGCUCGGCGCAGAACAAGCGGGGGGACUCAGCCCGUGCAAGCGGCCCGUCCUGCAAUCGUGCGUUCACCCACCGCGCCGUCAGCGACUACGCGGGUAGCAGUAGAGCCCGCCUAUGCCUCGGCUUUGAUGUCGGGCCCCAAGAUUGCUUAUCCUAAAGGCUUCAGCUAUGUGCGGGCGGAGUGCCAGCCCGCCAUGGUGCAAGCCAUGCACAGCUUUGUGCCCCCGUCGGAUAGUCUGCUGGCAAAAGCUUUUAUGCAGCAGCAUGGCGGCCAGGUCGCUAUGAUCAAACUGAUGGAUGCAUUCAGUUACGCUGUAGCGCUCUACGAGAGCGAGCAGGAGGCUCGUACGCAAAACGGCGAGCUCGGUUCAAAAUGCAAACAGCUGGCUGCUGAGAAGGCUAGUCUUGUGGACGAUGUGAAUUGUCUGCAAGGCUCUAAAAUGGCGAACCGGGCUGCGGCUGCAGAGAGCCAGGCGGAUGAGCUCACCAACAGAAACAACGAGCUGAGGGAGGAGUUGGAGCGCGCCCGUGCUGAGAGAGAGAGCGGGAUCCAGGCAGCUAAGGAGGAAGCCGCCCGGGUUGAAGAACGGGCCAAGAAGGCUGAGGCCGACAGGGACCUUGCUCAGCACGAGCUGAGCUCCCUUAGGCACCAGGUCGCCGAGGCCGACCCGAACCUUACUGCUGCCGGGGAGGCGCUGAACAAGCUGAAGACUUCCCAUGCACGCUCUGUUAGCAUCGCCCGAGCUCAAGGCGCGGAAUGGUUCGUGGGUUCGGCUGCGUUUCAAGACGCUGUGGCGGUGGCGUCAGCAAAUGUAACCACGGAGAUCUACAACGAGAUCCGUGGGAAAGUGCUGCAACACCUCCCGGACUUCCCGAUUGGUGAGCUGGCGUUCUUUAACGGGGAGGACCUGGACGAGCAGGGAAAGAGUCUUGCUCCCCUUGUCCUUGAGGACGGGGAGGAUCCAACAGGGCUGCCCUCCUUUGACGCAUGGGUAGAGGGUGCUCCUGUAGUUAAGCAGGAGCCUUCAAGCACCCCGCCCAACUCUCAGCCCGCUGUGGUGCCAGCCAUCUCGCCCGUCAGCGCACCUCUGAGCCAGCCGCCCGGUCUCCUCCAGCUAGCUCUCCUGCGGCUGCUGCUGCUGAUGCAUCCAUGCCCAUCGAUCUGACGGAUGACUAGGCUUAGGACUUUUUUCUUUUGUUCCUUUGUAUUUUCUUUUGAUUACUUGUAUUGAUCAAUGACAUUAUAUGUCAUGUACUUCAACUGUAAAUGGUCAUUGAUGAAAUACAAAUUGAAUUUCCUU